AAAUAGAUCAUAUUUUUAAUCUUUAUUUCAAAGAUAAAUGAUUAUUCUUACAUUUAAUUACAUUUUCUCGUAUUCCAGCAACGCUGUCGUCUCAUUUUAUUCUAAAUCAAUAAUAUCGCAUGCGAUAAAAUGAAAUACAUAAAAUAUACCUACGGUACAUAGAAAUACAAUAUUGUAUAUAAUAGAUGACGAUGUGUAAAAAUAUAAACGCAUUCUUAUACAUACUCCAAUAUGAAUCAAUGAAUCGGUUUCACGAUAUUAGCGCCUUAAUAUCAGCAAAACGAAAAGCGCCUGUGUACAACGGCUUGCAUAUUGCAGCAGCGCAGGCUUAUAAAUGAGCGCUCACGAUUCGUUUCCGCUGUUUUCUCCGUUCCGUGAUUCACGAUCGUUCUUUCUUCUGAUUAAUUCUAAUUCGCUCAAAGAGAUGCAGAUCAAAAGAAAAAUAAUACCAUCAAUAUUACAUCUUCUUAUUUUUUACGUAUCGUUCGUCCCAUCUUCCACUGAAAAUAGACACGCAACAGAAAAUUUCGUUCGAGAAAAGGAGUCAGACGACUCGUGCACCGGAUUAAACAACGAGACAGGACGUUGCGACUAUUUGAGACGAUGUUUUUACCACGAGUACGAUUUAAAUUUUACGCUCGCUGUGAUUCACUCAUGCACGAUAGGAAAAGCAUACAUGGGCAUUUGUUGCUCGAAUCGUUGGAAUGGAAUGUACAAAAAGGAUACGGAGGAUCAAAGUUUCGCUAAAGUUCUUCCGUUAAUUGCGGUGGACAAUAAGGAAAAACGAAACGACGGCAGGAUCGUUUGGUCGACGGAAGAAGAGGGCUUGUCAAGCUCGUCCCGAAAUCCGCAAGCGUCGAGAGGAUGCGGAACAACGUUGAAAAGUCGAAGCAGACUAGCUGGUGGUAGGCCGGCCGAUCCGACAGAGUGGCCUUGGAUGGCGGCCCUCCUCAAAAAAGACAAGUCUCAAUACUGCGGCGGCGUCCUAAUCACGGAUAGACACGUUUUAACCGCGGCUCACUGCGUCGACGGUUUGAAACCUCGAGACGUGAGAGUGAGGCUUGGCGAAUACGAUUUCGAGUCGACGGAAGAGACGAGGGCUUUAGACUUCUCCAUCGUUGAAAUCAGUAUCCAUCCGGAUUUCGAUACGGCCACGUACGAGAACGACAUAGCCGUGGUCAAGAUGCACCGACCGACUAUUUUCGACAGUUACAUCUGGCCGGUGUGCCUGCCACCUAUCGGUCGAUCGUUCGAGAACGAGAGCGCGAUCGUGACGGGGUGGGGCACUCGAUAUUAUGGUGGGCCAGCGAGCACGGUUUUGAUGGAGGUCGGUGUACCGGUAUGGCCACGAGACAAGUGCACGCGAAGUUUCGUCCAACGAAUUCCCAACACGGCUAUCUGCGCCGGUUCUUACGAAGGUGGAGGUGAUUCUUGCCAGGGUGAUUCGGGUGGGCCGUUAUUGCACCAACUUGAAAACGGUAGAUGGGUGAAUAUCGGGAUAGUGUCUUGGGGAAUCGGAUGUGGAAAUCGAGGAGUUCCUGGAAUAUACACGCGGGUCAAUUUCUAUCUCGAUUGGAUACUCAAGAAUGCUGUGUUGUAGGUUUCAACAUCUCUCUUCCAAUGACUGCGUUUAAAAUCGUAAAUAUAAUGAAUGUAAAUUAAUUACGAUCUACGAUAAUUAUAUCAUUCUCGUUUAAAAAUAAAUUAAAAGUAAAUUAAAAAA